UGGAUACAUUAACUCACAAGGCCACCGGAUAUUCUGCAAAGCUUUUGAAGAAGCCUGACCAAUGCCGAGCAGUUUACGCCUGAUCCCACCUCUUUUGGGUUGAUGACCAGGCCUGGAAUCAAGGAUGGAGAGAGGUACCUCUACUUUUUCGAGAAGGGCAAUCUGCAGAUUACAAUCAAUAUGAUCCAGGAUCUGGUUGAACUAAUAACCGACGAGAUGCAAAGUAACUUUGUGUUGCAGAUCCAGCUUCCGAUGCUUUCUUCGCCAGCACACUCCGGUACAUCCGGUCCCAGAAACAGAAAGGUGGUAGUAUAG